CUCACGUUUAGUUGUAUUGCACUAAAUAACAAAACCUAUCAACAGAUAAACAAAACAGAAAGAAAAAAGACUAUAAAAAGAGCAACAAUGACUUCCAUUUGCAAUAAAUCAUGUGAACACCAGCACGGGAACAUCGGCAUUCAUGAAGUCAGCUCCACUCCUAUUGCAGUAAACAGUGCCUUUGUUGAUUACUUUGGAGAAAAGAUGAGAUUGUCUACUUUUACUAGUGACGCAGACAUCAACCCACUUCCAUUAAACUGGUCAGCUAGUGCUAGUACAGCAAGAGGCCCUGUUGUUGUUUCCAAAUAUAAAGACGGAAUGACCAAACACAAUGCAAUUGGCGCCCAUGCAGGACCUUACUCUAUCUACCAUGCUUUAAGUAUUGCUUCUAAGCAAUUGGACUCCAUGCAUGAGCCUGACUACACAAAUGCCCAUCCUCCACAUAACUUCCCUCAACAACCACAGUGGUCAACUCCUGGUAAGAUUGUUACUAUGGACCCAUUUGGCCACAUGGCUCCAUGGAUCUAUGGCGAUCUUGCAAAGAAGGAAAAUGUUGACAUCAAGCCCACCAUGUCUAUCACUAAGGCUAUUUUAUCAAUACCAGAAAUUAAGGAGGAGGUCAAGAGAGGAAACUUGGUUCCAGAUGGAAAGAUUGUUUUAAACGACGAAGGUGAGAUGGCAUGCACCAAAAUUGCUGUUGACCCAGUUUGGCACUUACCAGGUGUUGCAGAAAGAUUGAACAUCACUGAGGACGAAUUGAGAAAAGCCCUUUUUCAAGAUACCAACGGUAUGUAUCCUGAACUCAUUUCUAGACCAGAUAUCAAAGUUUUCUGUCCCCCAAUUGGUGGUAUCACAGCCUAUAUUUUUGGUGACCCAGAUAACCUACCAAAGGAAGAUAAGAGAUUGGCAGUGAGAGUUCACGAUGAAUGUUCAGGUUCGGAUGUUUUCCUUUCGGACAUUUGCUCAUGCAGGUGCUAUUUAAUAUUUGGUUUAGUUGAAGCCGCCAAAGAAGCACAGAAAGGUGGAAACGGUUUGGUGUGCUAUUUCAGAAAGGAAGGCAGAUGUCUCGGUGAAGUUACCAAAUACUUAGUUUACAAUGCACGGAAGAGAGGCGGUGACACUGCAGAUGAGUACUUCCACCGUACCGAGUGCAUUGCCGGUGUGAAGGAUGCCAGAUUUCAAGAAUUAAUGCCAGACAUUCUCCACUGGUUGGGUAUCACCAAGAUUGAUAGAAUGCUUUCCAUGAGUAACAUGAAGCACGACGCUAUUGUCGAUUCUGGAAUCACCAUCGACGAGCGUGUCGAGAUUCCUGACUAUCUUCUUCCUGCUGACAGCAGAGUCGAAAUUGAUGCUAAGAUUGCAGCCGGUUACUUUACCAACGGCCAUGUAUAUACUACAGAUGAAUUGAAGAAGGUUGAAGGUAGAAAAUGGGAAGGCUUGUAAAUGGUCCUUGAAAGCCUCACAAGCCAACUCCUUACCCCCAAAGAAUUUACCCAUCCUGUCUGUAAUUUUACGUCUCCUUCCCAUGUCUUCC